AUGAUUAGUGUGAGCUGUGUGUGUGCUGUCAAGCAUGAGCUGUGUGUGUGUGAGUUGUGUUCCAACCAAAGUGAGUUGGAAAGGAAAUGGGUAGUUACUUUCUUUCCCUAUAAAUGUAAUGCUAAUGUAAGAGGAGAGGCAAGCCUUCUCACUCAAUAAUAUGUCUUUAUGAUUUCUGUGUUUAUUCAAUAUGGUAUCAGAGCGGGUCGAUCCCGCUCUGGUUUUUUCUUUCCUCAGUUGAGCUAUCAGAUAUAGCUCCACCAUUAUCACUCAUCAUCUACCAUAAUCAUAUAUCAACCUCUUUUUUUUUUUCUCAAACUUUAUUCACUGCUUGGCACACCCAUCACCACAUAUCGCCACCUUUCUCUGCCGUCCGCCGCCAUCCGCCGCUGUCCGCCGUCCGCCGCCGUCCGCCGCCGUCGGUCAACCCAGUUUCGUCCGGCGACCAGCAGAUCUGGAGCGCCUCUCCGAGCGACAGAUAACCCCGCCGGAAUCAGUCCAAGCGUCCUCUCCACGCGCCUCCACGCGCCACCUUUCCCCGGCUGAGCUUGGGCGCGUACUGUUCACGCGCCGCCGUGCCGACGUCGGAAUCACUUCGUGCUGCUUCCAAUCGACUCGCCGGACCUUCCUCUCUCUGUUCUGUCCCUCCAUAGCAGCCAUUACAGUCAUUUCUGAGUUGGGUAUACAAAAGGCUUCAUUUUCUCUUUCUCACUGCAUUGCUGCUUUCUUUUUUUUUAGAGUUCAGAUUAUAGACACCGUACAAUGGCAACUGGCAGCAUUAUCUCAUUGUCAGGAAGUCCCAAUAUCACUUCUGAAAAACUGAAUGGGAAAAAUUAUUUAUCUUGGUCCGCUGCUGUUGAAAUGUGGUUUCUUGGCCACGGAUGUUAUGAUCAUCUUGAGCAAGAUGGAACACACGUACCAGCUGAAAAAGCAGAUCAAUGGAAACAAGCAGAUUUCCAACUGUGUGCUUUGUUGUGGCAAUCCGUAGAACCACAAAUCUUCAUAUCCCUUAGAGCUUUCAAGACAUGUUACUCUUUUUGGAAGAAAGCUCAAAGCAUUUAUGCCAAUGACAUUCAACGUCUGUAUGACACGGCGAAUAAACUUGUAUCCCUUAAAAUGGAGAAUCAUGAUAUGGUAUCCUUUAUGGCUGAAGCCCAAUCCGCUACUGAAGAAUUGCGGAUGUUUUUAGAAGCAGGAUCUUCUGAAGAUAUCAAAACAAGGUUAGACAAGUAUUAUAUGGUAAUGAUUCUACGAGCUCUGCAUCCCGACCUUGCUCAUAUCCGAGAUCAACUUCUCACCAGUCAUGAAGUUCCCUCCAUGGAAUCCUUGACCACACGUCUUCUUCGGGUUCCGAUGCCACACCCUCAAGAAACUUUUGGGGCAGUAGAGCAAUCUGCCAUGAUUAUUGCCCGCGGAAGAGGACGCGGUACUAGAGGAGGAGGACGUGGAGGACGUGGAGGUCGAGGGCGAGGUCCGUGUACAUAUUGCAAAAGGAUGGGUCAUACCCAAGAGAAUUGCUACUUAUUGCAUGGUUUUCCUCCAAAAACCGCUAAUAUCUCUCAGUCUAACCCUUCAGAUUCAAAAUUUACUGAAGAUGAAUAUCAGGAGUACCUACGGUUAAAAUCCAAUAGUAUGGCACAAACAUCUUCAAGUACAGCGUGCAUUUCUCAAUCUCCCAAAGAUCAAACUUCAUGGGUAAUUGAUUCGGGUGCUUCUGAUCAUAUCUCCGGAGCGUGGGACAGGGAAACGGAUUGGAGAAGGAUAUGAAGCAGGAGGAUUAUACCAUUUUGGAUCUCAUCCCCAUGUGUCAUGUGUUGCAGCUCCUACUCCUAAACUAUUACACGAUCGGUUUGGUCAUCCUCAUUUACUAAAAUUAAAAAAAAUGUUCCCUGAACUUGGUAAUGUCAAUAGUUUAGAAUGUGAGUCAUGUCAACUUGGAAAACACGUUCGGUCUUCCUUUCCUAAAAGCUCACAAACAACGUGUGAUUCUAGUUUUUCCAUUAUCCAUUCUGAUAUUUGGGGACCUAGUCGUGUCUCGUCCUUUGGUUUUCGGUAUUUUGUUACUUGCAUUGAUGAAUAUUCAAGAUGUACUUGGGUUUAUCUUAUGAAAGAUCGUUCUGAAUUGUUAUCCAUCUUUACCUCCUUUUUAAAUGAAAUCAAAAAUCAAUUUGGCCAAGUUAUCAAAAUUCUAAGAAGUGACAAUGCCAAAGAAUACUUCUCUUCCAAUUUCUCUGCAGUUUUAAGCUCUCAUGGUAUACUACAUCAGUCUACUUGUCCUCAUACACCACAACAAAAUGGUAUAG